AUGGACAAGCUAUACAUCCUUCGUAAAUUCCUAUACCGACGAGAAGAAGUAAAUCUUUUAGAAGCGAUGCAUUCACUAAUAUUUUUGAUGGCAAUUGUUGGAUGCGCCAUGGCAGCGGUACAUAUAAUGAAAGUGAAAAGAUUUACACCACCAAUGGUGAAAAUGAUACGAAGUGGAAUUUGGGAUCAAUUUGUGGAGAAACUUAAGGAGAAACGACUGCAACGCAUGCUCAAUAAUGCUGCCGAUAUUCAUAUACACGAUAUAAACGGCUAUUAUGAUAUUGAAUACCUCGCUGAAAUCACCAUUGGCUCCCCUCAACAGACAUUUCUGGUAGUUUUGGAUACAGGAUCCGCCAAUCUUUGGGUUCCUGAUAAUUCCUGCUAUCAUAAACCAGCGAAACCUCCUCAGUGCAAUACCCCAUUAUGUGAUUAUGGAGGUUAG